AUGCAGUAGUCCACACGGAAAUCCAGCUAGACUACUUCCAGGAGAGCUUCCCGUCAGGAAAGGAGUCUGGGGAGUUCCUCCAGGACUUUGACCAGGAGGAGCUCCUCCAUGUGGAUUGGGAACACAAGCAGAACGUCUGGCGGCUGCCCGACUACGCCAAGCAGGUCAGCUUCGAUGCCCUGGGCGCCCUUAACAACAUGGCCAUCAUGAAGACCAACCUGGAAAUCCUCAUGAAGCGCAGCAACCGCACUCGGGCCCAGAACGUGCCUCCUUCGGCCAUGGUGUUUCCCGAAGACCCCAUGGAGUUCGGGGAACCCAACGUCCUCAUCUGCUUCGUGGACAAUUUCUCUCCUCCGGUGAUG